AUGCAAAACCACUACUGCAGGAAUGACUGCAAGCCCAGAGGUCAAUUUUUUUUCAGUAAACAAAAAGACGAGCUUUCUCGACAGCUGUUCGAUUUGAAGCAUAAACUUGAAAAUGAAAAAUCCGCUCGCGAGGAGGUGGAACGGGCAAAAAGCCGUGCUUUGGAAGAAGUAGAAAAACUGAAACUACAAAUAACCGAUUAUGAGCAUCAGCUUAACAUGUUACGACGACACAAUGACGAGUUGGACACACAAAUCAAAAGUGGACAGGCAAAAAUAACUGCCAUCGAGAAUGACCUGAUCACCAGUCAAAAAGAAAUUGCGCGGCUCAAUGAACUGAAUAACCGCCUUCAGAGGGAGAAACAAGAUGCCACAAAUCAAAAAUUGAAAGCGGAAGGUGACGCUGAAACACUUAGAGAACAAAUCCGGAAGCUCGAGCAGGAAAUUGAGAAGCUCCGAGCAGAAAACAGGGCAGUCAAGGAACAAGAAGAAAAAAUACGCGAUACUUUAACGCAACAGACAAAUCGAGCUCAUCUUCUCCAGAAAGAACUUGAAGAAGCAAAGACGGAAAUUGAAGAACUCAAUCGAAAGAUCAAACGACUGGAGGACGAACUUUUCGAACGUAAGGAGGGUGCUUCAGAUAAAAUGCCGAUCAGCUUGGGCGGCACAACAAUCCAUGAUACCGAAAUCCAUGAAAUAAGGAUUAAGGAAGUAAACGAUAAAUGGAAGCUAGAAAUUGACAAACUGCUCGGCGAAAAGGACGAACUCGAGCGAAGGAUUCGAGAGCUCGAAGAUCAUAUUGCACAAAGAAAUCGCGAAAUUGAACGUCAGGAGUCCGAAAUUGCGGAACUGAAGCGUAAGCAUCAAGCAGAAAUUGAUAGACUGAAGGCCGAAAUUUCGCACCUCUAUGAUAAACAUCAAAACGAUCUCGAUGAUGAAAAAGAACAAUACAAUAAGAAUCUGGAAUCGAUCAAGGUUGUCGAAGAUGAGCUGCGCAACAGACUUGCUGAAGCUGAACGAAAACUUGCCGAAGCAGAAAAUCGUGAAAAUCAGUUGGAACGUCAAAAUACCGAGCUAAAGGAAAAAUAUGAACAGGCGCUCGCACAAAUUCAGAAACUUAAGGAGGAUCUAGAAGAUAUGCGGCAAGAAGCUGAAAAUGAAAUACAGAAAUGGAAAACAGAUGCAUAUGCAGCUCGUUCGGAACUAAAAGCAAUGGAAACAGCAAAUAAUGCAUUAAAAGCUCAGCUUGCGGCGGUUAAUGAGCGCGCUGAUUCAUUGAACAAAACGGUUAACGACCAAAACACAAAGAUACGAGAUCUAAGUACACAAAUACGACGCCUUGAAGAAGAAAUAUCGGAUUUGAAGUCAGCUGCCGUAACACGUGAAUCAGACUUGGAGAGCGCUCUCAGCCGUUUACGCUCCGUUGAAGAGCAGUAUGCAGCAUUACAGGCCGAACAUGCAAAAACAAGAAAUGAGCUAGAAAUUUUGCAACGAGAAUACGACGUCCUCAAAGUGUUAAUUAAAUCGAUUUAUAUGCAAAAUGAGACGAAUCCAGGGAGAAAGAGAUUUGUAAAUUUUGGGGUGGGACGGAAAAAACGUGAAAAACUGAAUUCAGUAGGCUAAUG